CCCUUUCUUUUUCUCUCUCUCUCUCUCUCUCUCUCUCUCUCUCCCUUGUUUCUUAAUUUCCCUCCUACCCCGUAUUGGAGGAGUCAUCACCUCCUCCCAGUUAGUUCCCUAUUCAACCCCUCUUUCUCCCUCAUCUCUCCACUUCCUCUCUCUCUCUCUAUCUAUCUCUCCAGAAAGAAGAAGAAGAAGAAGAGGGAAAAAAGAAGAAGAAGAAGAAGAAAUGGAGUUAAUAACAUCACCAGAAGAAGAAGAAGAGGAACAGUGCUCCCCUCGGAAAAGCGGCAGCGACUGCGUCGCCUCCGCCGACUUCGAAUUCUGGUCGAUGGUGGGCAACAGCAGUACUAGUACUACUUCUACUAAUAAUAACGCCGCCGCCGCCGCCGACCUCUCCUCCUCCUCAUUUUUCCCUUCGUUCCUCACCGCCGACGAGCUCUUCGUCGACGGCGUCCUCCUCCCCCUCCACCUCCUCUCCCUCCCCUCCCAACCCAACCCCACCACCACCGCCACCACCGACAACACAAACGCAUCCCAACAACACCAUGAACAAGAAGACGAGGAGGAAGGAGAAGAAGGAGGAGGAGGAGGAGGAGAAGCAAAACAAGAAGAACCACCACCACCACCACCACCACCACCACCGAAUCCGCAACAACACCCACCACACUUCGUCUCCCCUCCUCCCCCUUCCUCCCCUCCCCCGAUCGCCUCUUACAGCAUCUGGAGAGAGCUAUUCAAGCUCGCCAGAGAGCGAAAGCUCGAGGAGAGAGAAAGAAGAAACAGCAGCGGCAGCACCACUAACAGCAGCAGCAGCAAUACUAGCAAUACUAGUAAUACUACUACUACUACUACUAAUAAUAAUAAUAGCAGCAGCAGCGGUAAGGAGAUGAGGAGGGGAAGUGCCGGCAGCCACGCGGAGCUGAUAAACAUCAACAUCUGGCCCUUUUCACGCAGCCGCUCCUGCGGAGAGUCCUCCGCCAAGCCGCCUGCUGCCACCGCCACCGCCACCGCCACCGCCACCACAAACCUAAGAAGGUGGGCCCCACGCGUGAGCCGCGUCGGGCCCAACGGCGGCAUCCACCUCGGCCGGACCGGCCCGGUGACGAUAUGGCAGCUGCGGAAAAAGAGCAAGAGCAAGAGCAGCCAAGAAUUAGAGAAAUCAAAUAUUCGCGGCGGCGAUGAAAACGGUGCCGACAGCAGCAGCAGCAGCAGCAAGAAAGGAUCGGGAGGCGGUGGCGGGGGCGGAGUUCGGGUGCUAAAUUUGAACGUGAACACCUGCAUCGGGUACCCGAACCCGGCGGGGUGCCGGGCCGGAGGCAGUGGUCGGAGGAGCGGCAACACUAGUAGCGGCAGUGAUGGCGGUGAUAGUGGCGGCGGUGGCGGUGGCGGUGGUGGUGGUGAUGGUGGUGGAGGGAAUGGGAGUAUGUUUAAUCUAAGAACCAUUUUCUCUAAGAAGGUUUAUUAAUUGAUGCAUGUGUAUAUAUAUAUAUAUCUAUCUAUCUAUCUAUCUAUCUAUCUAGCUAUGGUAAUUUAUGUGUAUGUAUAGAGACUACUAUUAUGGAUCUCAUUUUCUAUCUUUUUGCAAUGUAUUGUGUGUAAUUUAUCUAAUCACGGCCUCUUAAUUAGAAGGUUAGUUUUUCUUUUUA